GGAGCCUUAACGCCGCCUCAAACGGACAAACGGAGGCAAGAAAAACUCUGACAUUUUACCAGCUUUUUCGGAACUAAUAUAUAUUUGGCUGGGGAAGGGGACUGUGUACAUCGAUUAUAGUCCGAAGGUGGACAACCAGAGGUGAAGGAAAACGGGGAGAUACAUCAGAAGACCCCAGACUGCCGUAUCCCUUUGGGAGGCCCUCUACCAUCUCUGGAAGAUUCCAUCAAGUUUAGCAGUCACGUAGACACAAGAGCGCAGUCAUGGUGGCGCUGUCACUGAAGAUCGGGGUGGGAAAUGUGGUGAAGACUAUGCAGUUUGAGCCCUCCACCAUGGUGUAUGACGCCUGUCGCAUCAUCAGGGAGAGAGUUCCAGAAGCACAGCUUGGCCAGCCCAAUGAUUAUGGCCUGUUCCUGUCAGAUGAAGACCCCAAGAAAGGCAUUUGGCUGGAAGCAGGCAAAGCCCUGGACUACUAUAUGCUGAGAAAUGGGGACACACUCGAAUACAAGAAGAAACAGAGGCCACUGAAGAUUCGCAUGUUGGAUGGCACUGUAAAAACAGUCAUGGUGGAUGACUCCAAAAUCGUCAGUGAUUUGCUUAUGACAAUUUGUGCCAGAAUAGGCAUCACAAACUAUGACGAGUAUUCACUGGUGCGGGAUGUGGGUGAGGAGAAAAAAGAGGAAACCACAGGAACACUGAAGAGAGACAAAACCCUCCUGAGGGACGACAAAAAGAUGGAGAAACUCAAGCAGAAGCUUCACACUGACGAUGAGCUGAACUGGCUGGACCAUGGACGGACACUGCGUGAGCAGGGUGUUGAGGAGAUCGAGAUGCUGCUCCUCAGGAGAAAGUUCUUCUACUCUGACCAGAACGUAGACUCCAGAGACCCGGUUCAGCUCAACCUGCUCUAUGUACAGGCUCGGGACGAUAUUCUGAAUGGAUCCCACCCUGUCUCCUUUGACAAGGCCUGUGAAUUUGCCGGUUAUCAGUGCCAGAUCCAAUUUGGUGACCACAAUGAGUCAAAACACAAACCAGGAUUCCUUGAUUUGAAGGAAUUCCUACCUAAAGAGUACGUCAAGAACAAAGGGGAGAAAAAGAUCUUUCAGGCACACAAAAACUGCCAAAAUAUGACUGAGAUUGAGGCCAAAGUAAGCUACGUCAAACUUGCCCGGUCUCUAAAAACCUAUGGAGUGUCCUUUUUCUUAGUAAAGGAGAAAAUGAAAGGCAAGAACAAGCUGGUCCCUCGCCUCCUGGGCAUCACCAAGGAGAGUGUGAUGAGAGUGGACGAGAAGACCAAAGAGGUGAUGCAAGAGUGGAGCUUGACGAACAUCAAGCGUUGGGCUGCUUCACCAAAGAGCUUCACCCUGGACUUUGGAGAUUAUCAGGAUGGCUACUACUCCGUCCAGACCACUGAGGGUGAGCAGAUUGCACAGCUGAUUGCUGGGUACAUCGACAUCAUCCUCAAAAAGAAAAAGAGCAAAGACCACUUUGGCCUAGAGGGAGAUGAGGAAUCGACCAUGCUGGAAGACUCUGUUUCACCUAAAAAGUCAACAGUGGUGCAGCAGCAGUUCAAUAAGGUGGGUAAGGUGGAAACGGGCUCUGUGGCCAUGCCAGUCAUUAUGCGAUCAGGCGCAGGAGGUCCAGGGAACUUCCAGAUGGGCUCCAUGCCCCAAGCCAAGCAGCAGAUCACGAGUGGCCAGAUGCACACAGGACAUAUGCCCCCACUGACCUCAGCCCAGCAGGCCCUAACAGGCACCAUUAACUCCAGUAUGCAGGCAGUACAAGCUGCGCAGGCCUCUCUGGAUGAGUUUGAUGACCUUCCUCCACUGGGCACUGACGCGGCUGCUCAAGCCUGGAGGAAGAACAAAAUGGACGAGUCCAAGCAUGAGAUCCACUCUCAGGUGGAUGCUAUUACCGCAGGAACAGCAUCUAUGGUCAACCUCACCGCAGGUGACCCAGCAGAGACGGACUAUACGGCUGUGGGUUGUGCAGUGACCACGAUUUCUUCUAACCUGACGGAGAUGUCAAAGGGUGUGAAACUACUAGCAGCACUGAUGGAGGAUGAGGGUGGAAACGGACAACAGCUCCUCGGUGCUGCCCGGAACCUGGCCUGUGCAGUGUCAGACAUGCUGAAGACUGCUCAGCCUGCUAGCACUGAGCCUCGUCAGAAUCUUCUGCAGGCUGCAGGCAAUGUUGGUCAGGCCAGCGGAGAGUUGCUGCAGCAGAUUGGAGAAAGUGAUGCUGACCAGCAAUUCCAGUCCUUAGGCAGAGGAUCAUUCAGACACACACGACGGAUUCACCAUUAUAGUCAAAUGAUGGACAUGCUUAUGAAGCUGGCAAAGGCAGUGGCUAAUGCAGCGGCAGCUCUGGUGCUGAAGGCGAAAAAUGUGGCUCAGAAGACUGAUGACUCAGCUCAGCAGAACCGGGUCAUUGCAGCUGCCACACAGUGUGCCCUCUCCACCUCCCAGCUGGUGGCUUGUACACGGGUGGUGGCUCCUACCAUUAGCUCCCCGGUGUGUCAAGAGCAGCUGAUUGAGGCGGGGAAACUGGUGGCUAAGUCGGUGGAAGGCUGUGUGGAGGCGUCCCAAGGGGCUACCACUGAUGAGCAGCUGCUGAAGCAAGUGGGGGUGGCUGCAACAGGUGUCACUCAGGCCCUUAAUGAGCUCUUGCAGCACAUUAAGCAGUACGCAAGUGGGGGCAAGCCAAUUGGUCGCCAUGGUGAGGCGACUGAUCGCAUCCUAGAUGUAACGGAGAACAUCUUCAGCUCCAUGGGAGAUGCAGGAGAGAUGGUGCGGCAGGCACGGAUCCUGGCCCAGGCCACUUCUGACCUGGUCAAUGCCAUCAAGGCAGAUGCUGAGGGUGAGACGGACCUGGAAAACUCACGCAAGCUGCUGUCCGCUGCCAAACUUCUGGCUGACGCAACCGCCAGAAUGGUGGAGGCUGCCAAGGGUGCUGCUGCAAACCCAGACAGUGAGGAGCAACAACAGAAAUUGCGUGAGGCAGCUGAGGGCCUACGCAUGGCUACCAAUGCAGCAGCACAGAAUGCCAUCAAAAAGAGACUGGUCAACAAGCUGGAGAAUGCUGCAAAGCAGGCCGCUGCAGCUGCCACUCAGACCAUCGCUGCAGCCCAGCAUGCUGCCUCGUCUAAUAAGAACCCAGCAGCCCAGCAGCAGCUCGUUCAGAGCUGCAAGGUUGUGGCAGACCAGAUCCCUCAGCUGGUGCAGGGAGUGAGAGGCAGCCAGGCCCAGCCUGACAGUCCCAGCGCCCAACUCGCCCUCAUCGGAGCCAGCCAGAACUUCCUGCAGCCUGGAGCUAAGAUGGUGACUGCUGCUAAGGCUACAGUGCCCACUAUCAGUGACCAGGCCUCUGCCAUGCAACUGAGCCAGUGUGCCAAGAACCUGGCCAGCGCUCUGGCCGAACUUCGCACAGCUGCUCAGAAGGCUCAGGAGGCAUGUGGUCCUCUGGAGAUUGAUAAUGCUCUGACAGUGGUACGAGGCCUGGAGAGAGACAUACAGGAGGCUAAAGCCGCAGCAGCUGAAGGGACACUCAGACCCCUUCCUGGGGAAACGCUGGAGAAAUGUUCUCAGGACCUGGGCUCCAAUACCAAGGCAGUGAGCUCUGCUAUUGCCCAGCUGCUAAGUGAAGCCACACAGGGCAAUGAGAACUACACUGGCCAGGCUGCGAGGGAUGUGGCCCAGGCUCUUCGCUCUCUGGCCUCAGCUGCUCGUGCAGUGGCUGCCACCACAGAGGACACGCAGGCCCGUAAUGCCAUGCUGGACUGCGCUGGAGAUGUCAUGGACAAAUCAGCCAACCUCAUUGAAGAGACCAAGAGGGCUAUCGCUAAACCAGGAGACCCAGAUAGUCAGCAGCGGCUGGCUCAGGUGGCUAAGGCUGUGUCCCAGGCCCUGAACCGCUCUGUCAACUGUCUCCCCGGACAGAGAGAUGUAGAUAAUGCUAUUAGGACUGUGGGAGAGGCCAGCAAGAAGCUCCUCUCUGAUCAGUUCCCAGCCAGUGGGAAAAGUUUCCAGGAGGCCCAGACGAGCCUGAACCAGGCAGCUGCUGGCCUCAACCAGUCAGCAAACGAAUUGGUGCAGGCAUCACGUGGCACCACACAGGACCUGGCCAAGGCCUCGGGCAAGUUUGGCCAAGAUUUCAGCCAUUUCCUGGAGGCUGGCGUGGACAUGGCUGGUCAAUCACAGUCUAAAGAAGACCAGACACAGGUGGUGACCAACCUGAAGACUAUCUCCAUGUCGUCCAGCAAGCUGCUGCUGGCAGCCAAGGUUCUGUCCACUGACCCGAACUCCCCCAACCUGAAGAACCAACUCGCUGCUGCAGCACGCGCGGUAACUGACAGCAUCAACCAGCUGAUCACCAUGUGUACCCAGCAGGCCCCGGGACAGAAGGAGUGUGACAACGCACUUAGGGAGCUUGAGACGGUGCGGGGCAUGCUGGAGAACCCCACUGAGGCAGUGAAUGACCUGGGCUACUUUGACUGUAUCGAUAGUGUUAUGGAAAACUCAAAGAUUUUGGGUGAAGCUAUGGCUGGCAUCUCCCACAACGCGAAGAACAGUAACCUGCCUGAGUUUGGAGAUGCAGUGAGUUCAGCCUCCAAAGCCCUCUGUGGCCUUACUGAAGCUGCUGCCCAGGGUGCCUUUCUGGUUGGUGUCUCUGACCCAAACAGCCACGCUGGACAGAAGGGCCUGGUCGAUCCAGCUCAGUUCGCCAAAGCCAAACAGUCUAUUCAGAUGGCCUGCCAGAACCUUGUGGACCCAGCCUGUACUCAGUCCCAGGUUCUCUCUGCUGCCACAAUUGUUGCCAAACACACCUCCGCCCUCUGCAACGCCUGCCGCCUGGCCUCCUCCAAAACAUCCAAUCCUGUUGCUAAGCGACAGUUUGUCCAGAGUGCCAAAGAGGUGGCGAACAGCACAGCCAACCUUGUCAAGUCCAUCAAAGCCCUGGAUGGAGCCUUUAACCAGGAGAACAGACAGAAAUGCAAGGCUGCGACAGGGCCGCUAAUUGAAGCUGUGGAUAACCUCACUGCUUUUGCCUCCAACCCAGAGUUUGCCAGUGUGCCUGCGCAGAUCAGCCCAGAGGGUCUGGCUGCCAUGGAGCCCAUAGUGGCGGCGGCUAAAACCAUGCUGGAGAGCUCAACAGGCAUGAUUCAGACAGCUCGCUCACUGGCUGUCAACCCCAAAGACCCACCCAAGUGGUCAGUGCUGGCUGGCCAUUCCAGGACCGUGUCAGACUCCAUCAAGAAACUUAUCACCAAUAUGAGAGAAAAAGCCCCAGGCCAGAGGGAAUGUGAUGAGGCCAUCGAAGUUCUGAAUAACUGCAUCCGUGAGGUGGAUCAGGCUUCUCUUGCUGCCAUUAGUCAGCAGCUCACGCCCAGAGAUGACAUCUCUCACGAGGCUCUGCAUGAGCAGAUGGCAGGCUCCGUGCAGGAGAUCAGCAACCUGAUUGACCCAGUGGCCAUUGCAGCCCGCUCUGAUGCCUCCCAGCUGGGACACAAGGUGUCUCAGAUGGCGAGCUACUUCGAGCCACUCAUCAUGGCAGCCAUUGGCACAGCGUCCAAGAUCUUAAAUAGUCAGCAGCAGAUGAAUGUGCUGGACCAAACUAAGACUCUGGCAGAGUCAGCCUUGCAGAUCCUCUACACAGCCAAAGAAGCUGGCGGCAACCCAAAGGCUGCCCACACACAGGAGGCUCUGGAGGAGGCUGUUCAGAUGAUGAAGGAGGCAGUGGACGACCUAGCUGGGACACUGGCCGAAGCAGCCAGUGCAGCAGGUGCUGUGGGUGGCAUGGUGAACUCAAUCAGCCAGGCCAUCAACAGGAUGGAGGACCCUGCAGUGGAGCCUGAGGGAAGCUUUGUGGAUUACCAGACCACCAUGGUGAAGACAGCCAAAGCCAUUGCAGUAACUGUGCAGGAGAUGGUUACCAAAUCAAACACCAACCCUGAUGAGCUGGGAGGCCUGGCUGGUCAGCUGACCACUGAGUUUGGAGACCUGGCCUCGGAGGCCAAAUGUGCUGCCAUCACUGCCGAGAACGAUGAGAUCGGCUCCCACAUUAAGAAGCAGGUAACAGAGCUGGGCUACAGCUGUACUGGGCUUGUCACUAAAGCGGGAGCACUGCAGUGCAGUCCCAAUGAUUCCAUCACCAAGAAGGAACUCAUUGACAGCGCCCGCAAAGUCUCUGAGAAAGUGUCUCAUGUGUUGGCAGCGCUGCAGGCCGGUAAUCGUGGCACUCAAGCAUGCAUCACAGCUGCCAGUGCAGUGGCUGGCAUCAUCGCUGACCUCGAUACCACCAUCAUGUUCGCCACAGCAGGCACUCUGAAUCGGGAAAAUGCAGAGACCUUCGCUGACCACAGAGAGAACAUCCUGAAGACGGCUAAGGUUCUUGUGGAAGACACAAAGCUGUUGGUGUCUGGAGCAGGAGCCAGUCAGGAGAAACUGGCCCAGGCAGCCCAGUCCUCGGUCAGCACCAUCACCAAACUGGCCGAUGUGGUCAAGCUUGGGGCUGCCAGCCUGGGCUCCGAGGACCCUGAGACACAGGUUGUCCUGAUCAAUGCAGUCAAAGAUGUGGCCAAAGCUCUGGGUGACCUCAUCAGAGCCACGAAGGCAGCUGCAGGCAAACCUCAUGAUGAUCCUGCCAUGCUGCAGCUCAAGAAUUCAGCCAAGGUAAUGGUUACGAAUGUGACAUCCCUGCUGAAGACCGUGAAGGCGGUGGAGGACGAGGCCACUAAAGGCACACGGGCGCUGGAGGCCACCAUCGAGCACAUUAAACAGGAGCUGGCUGUGUUCAGCAGUCCAGAUCCUCCUCCAAAGACAGCCACCCCUGAGGAGUUUAUCCGCAUGACCAAAGGCAUCACACUGGCCACAGCGAAGGCUGUGGCUGCUGGCAACUCUUGUCGGCAGGAGGACGUGAUUGCGACAGCCAACCUGAGCAGAAGAGCCAUUGCUGACAUGCUGCACUCCUGCAAGCAAGCAGCCUACCACCCUGAGGUGAGCAACGAGGUUCGGACUCGUGCUCUGCGCUUUGGAACAGAGUGUGCCAAUGGCUAUCUGGGCCUCCUGGAGCAUGUGCUUGUGAUUAUCCAAAAGCCCACUCACGACCUGAAGCAGCAGCUGGCAAGCUUCUCCAAGCGGGUGGCAGGUUCUGUCACUGAGCUCAUCCAAGCAGCUGAGGCCAUGAAAGGCACCGAGUGGGUGGAUCCCGAGGACCCUACUGUCAUCGCCGAGAACGAGCUGUUGGGUGCAGCAGCCGCCAUCGAAGCUGCUGCCAAGAAACUGGAGCAGCUAAAGCCACGAGCCAAGCCCAAGUUUGCACUGGGACGGAAGGAGGCUGAUGAGAGCCUAAACUUUGAGGAGCAGAUUUUGGAGGCAGCCAAGUCCAUCGCUGCAGCCACCAGUGCACUGGUGAAGGCUGCAUCUGCUGCACAGAGAGAGUUGGUGGCUCAGGGCAAGGUCGGCGCCAUCCCAGCAAAUGCAGUGGAUGACGGACAGUGGUCUCAGGGUCUCAUUUCAGCGGCCCGUAUGGUAGCAGCCGCCACCAAUAACUUGUGCGAAGCAGCUAACUCGGCAGUACAGGGUCAUGCUAGUGAGGAGAAACUCAUCUCCUCAGCCAAGCAAGUGGCUGCUUCUACUGCCCAGCUCCUUGUGGCCUGCAAGGUCAAGGCUGACCAGGACUCGCAAACCAUGAAGAGAUUGCAGGCUGCUGGCAACGCUGUGAAGAAAGCUUCAGAUAACCUGGUGAAGGCCGCGCAGAAGGCUGCUUUCGAAGCCCAGGAUGACCAGGCCGUGAUGGUGAAGAGCAGGAUGGUGGGUGGCAUCGCUCAGAUCAUUGCUGCUCAGGAAGAGAUGCUGAGGAAGGAGAGAGAGUUGGAGGAAGCUAGGAGGAAGCUGGCCCAGAUCCGACAGCAGCAGUACAAGUUCCUGCCCUCAGAGCUGAGGGAGGACGGCCAGGAGCAGUAAGGGUGGCUCUGGACCCCCCCAUGCUUAUACACGUACACAGCGAGCACACACACACACGAGCCAACCACUCAGGGCUCCUGGGCCUGAGCACUUCUUCUAUUCAAGAGUUUCGCUACAAUCACCGGCUAGCAGGCUUGCAGGAGCAACAUUGGGGCUAAAAAUUAAAGAGAUGCAAUGGGUAAAAAUUAAACAAUAUAUCAGGAUGUCUAUUUUAAGUUGUUUAUUUCUUUGUUUAUUUGUCCCUUUUAUGAGCAUUCACCGUGCCACCUGUUUUUUUGUUUUGUUUUUUUUUUGGUCAUUUUGGCUUUUUUCCUCUUUUGCACAGUGUAUGCAAGUAACUGCGCUUUUAAUAGAGCAUUGUGAUUAAGUUAGUGGUAGAUUCGAUAGAUUUAGUUUGACAUAUCUAGAAUGCAUGGGUCCUUACUGCAGCUACACUUGUUUUAAUUUUCAGUACUCCUUUCACCUGCCUCAGCUGACCUUUGGUUGUUGAACAAUAGUAUUUUUUGUGAGUUGAUUGACUAGAUGUGAAGAGGUUUAUGGUGUCUGGGUUAAGUGCAUCCACUAACCAAGACUUAGGGUUUUUACAGAGAUACAUACAGGUUCCCUGGAUUGACCAAAGUGAGGGGUACAGCAACAGUGAGCAGAGGGAGGACAUUUUUUAAACAGUGUUUGAAACGUUUCCAAAGACGACGUGGCGUGGUUGGUUGGAAUGUGUAGGUUGUGAUGGCUACCAUUGGACCAUGGGUGCAAUGAUUAACUUUGCGAUGAAACAAUUCAUAGAGAAAAAACAUAUCAUUUUUUUAAAAAAGAAAAGAAUAAAGCUAUGAAAAUGUUACAAAUGGUAUCUUCUAUUAAAUUUAUAUGUUAAUACAUUUGUCAGUGUUUUGUUGUUUGUAUGAACAGUAAAGUCUACUGGCAGUUCUGUCAGACAUUUGUUGUGGAGUAUAAAAGCCAUAUUUUUAUCAGUUUUUUGUUUCAGAUCAUGAAUAUUAUUGAUUAGUUUGGUGCUAUGCAAAGAUUGAAUUCCACAUUGACUUUAACUGAUAGCAUCAAAUGACUGUAAUAGUAGACUGAAAGGAUUAAUACAGAUAACAGUCUGUAAUUUGCAGAAUAAUUUGAGAACAUUUUGAUGGUAUAAUCCUCAUCAGUGUUUGGUGUUAACAAUAAUGCCACAAACUUAAAUAGCUAGACAUGAACAUAACAGUUAUGUUGCAUUCAAGUGCCUGCAUAUGUUUUUAUAAUUGUUUAUACAUAACUGUUAACAUUUUCCCAUUUUAAGUGCACUUAGUUCUCUGUCUAACUUAAAUCAUAUAAAUUCACUCUUUUCCAAAGACA